AUGUUAGAAAAAUUUCGUUCCCAGCGCUUAUUUGGUUGGAGGAUGGUUGAUUUCCUUCGAAAAGCUGGCAUGUGCGUUUCGAUCAUAAACUCUGGCCCUAAAUCUGAAGAAAGUACAUUAUUGCAAGUGGUAAAAGCAAAGUGUUCUAUAGUUAAAGUGGAGGAAAUAUCAGAUAUAUCUAACGCUACUAUUGUCAAUCAUGAGACAGCUGAAUUUUUGGAAAACAAGCCGAAGAAGACCUUAGAAGAAAUGCGAUCUCUAGACCGGCAUCAUAUUGUGGAAUGUUAUGAGAUUUCUCCCGAAUCAUUGACUGAAGAUUUCAUUUCGAAGUAUGGGGAUUAUAAUCAUAUGAGAUGGUUCAGAGCUUAUAGACAAUUACGAGAUGCUGGCAUUAACAAUGAAACGGCUGUUGAAGCUAUCACCCAUAAAGAUUACAGAGAAGAUAGGCUUACAACUUUCACUCGUGCUGAGAGGCAUCAAAUUUGCCUGGAAUUGUUAAAAACUUGUACACCAGCUAAAAAUAUCGACGAUAGAUCAAGAUAUAAAGCUGAUGAUGUUAAAACACGCCUGAAUUCUCCUGAAUCGAUAUUGUAUCUUCAGAAUUUGGUAUCAAAAAUGGCUCAAGUUUUUGAUAAUUCAGAUACAUCGCGCAAAGCUAAAAAAUCAGGAUUGAAAACAGAUCGGGCAAAACUUGGUUUACUAAACUCAGCACUACAAGCAACCUAUGAGUUGAAAUUUAAGACUAUAGACAAGAAUCGUAGAUAUUACCACCUAGUAGGUUCAUUUGAUAAUAAAGACGCGAUCCCAGAAGGAUCCACUCCUAGAUUACCUUCAUAUCAAACGGGUGAAGAAAUUUAUUGGAAAAACGAUGAAGAUACUCGAUAUGGUUACAGUAAACUCACACCCGAUGAAUUAAUAUUAGAUAAUCUCACUAGUUCUAGCAAAGUGAAUAUCACGCAAAUCACAGAAGAUAUUCAGGACUUAUUUGAUAUGUUCUAAUACUAUUCGAUUAUGAAUCAG